AUGCCGCUGCUUAUACUACUACUAUUUGUGGCCCAAGUUUGGCCCCACGAAACGAACAUUGUUCUCACGGACUCCCUUGACUCUGUCACUUGUAAACUCCCCGCCUUUCGAUUUUUCCAAAACACCACCCUCGUUUUAAACGAACUAAUUCCUACGGUUACCGAUUUCUCCACUUGCUCAUGGCACGAUGACAUUAUCAGUGCGGCUGAGAUGUGUGGGGCUGAUGGCAUUCCUUACCAAUGCGCCAUAUACACCGAUAAUACCUGUGGGAACGGAAAUAUCGAACAUACCAACGAAACGAUACACAGCACCAUCAUACCUGACAUUAGCAAUGUUUACAAAAUCGUCUUCUCGGAUCCAGAUGACCAAUGGGUGAAGGCUUCGUGGGAUGGUGAUGAUCGACAGCAGACUAUUAGAUCGUAUCAUUGCAAUUCCAGCACGGCUUCCGAAUACCGGGCGUUUAUGAAAGACGGAGCUAAUACAGACACUACGGGAACUACGAGUACUACGAGCACCAUGGAUACUACGGGUGGGGGUGUGGAUAGUGGGGCUAGUGCUACAACAGAGAUAGCUAAUGGUGCCUCUGAAACUGCGACUGUGAGCCCUAUCCCGUUACUACUUAAUAUGCUAUCAGCUACAAUUAGUUUAGAAUGCCGCUAA